GUAGCCAGCUUUAGGCUUGACUUGGAAGUGAAGCUGAAUCUAGUAAUUUCCUAUGCUGUGUUGCGUGUUCUGUGCUUAGGUUCCUGAUGCAGAGAGCUGAACAAAGAGUGUGGGCGAUCAAGAAAACCACGACAUGGCAGAGGGUAUCAUUCAUGACACUAAUGCUGCCUGGGCCUUCUGAGUCAUUGGAUUUACAGAAUGUAGUGACCUAUGAUGAUGUGCAUGUUGACUUCACCCGGGAAGAGUGGGCUUUGCUGGAUCCUUCCCAGAAGAAUCUCUACAAUGAUGUGAUGCUGGAGACCUGUAGGAACCUCACUGCUAUAGGCUACAAAUGGGAAGAUCAUAAUAUUGAAGAACAUUGUCAAAGUUCUAGAAAACAUGAAAGGCUCAAAAGAAGCCAUACUGAAGAUAAACCUUCUGAAACUACUCAAUGUGUUAAAGCCUUUGCAUAUCAUAAUCAUCUUCAAAGGUAUGAAAGAAUUUUUACUGGAGAGAAACCCUGUGAAUGUAAUCAAUGUGGUAAAGUCUUUACACAUCAGAGUAUGCUCAAAAAUCAUAACAGAUCACAUACUGGAAAGAAACCCUAUGGAUGUAAUCAGUGUGGGAAAGCCUUUGCAUUUCACAGUCAUCUUCGAAUGCAUACAAGAACACAUACUGGAGAGAAACCCCAUGAAUGCAACCAAUGUGGUAAAGCCUUUUCAUAUCACAGUCACCUGCAAAUACAUGAAAGAACCCAUACUGGAAGAAAGCCCUAUGAAUGUGAUCAUUGUGGGAAAGCCUUUUCACAACAUUAUCAUCUGCAAAGGCAUAAAAGAACACAUACUGGAGAGAAACCUUAUGAAUGUAAUCAAUGUGGUAAAGCCUUUGCAUGUGACAGCAGUCUUCUAUUGCAUCAAAGAACCCAUACUGGAGAGAAGCCCUAUGAAUGUAAUCAUUGUGGGAAAGCCUUUGCAGUUAACUGUAGUCUCCAAAAUCAUAAAAGAACACAUACUGGAGAGAAACCCUAUGAGUGCAAACAGUGUGGUAAAGGCUUUGCACAGAACAGUCAUCUUCUAAGGCAUAGUAGGACACAUACUGGAGAGAAACCCUAUAAAUGUAAUCAUUGUGAGAAAGCCUUUUCACAACAGUAUCACCUCCAAAGACAUAAAAGAAUGCAUACUGGAGAGAAACCUUAUGAAUGUAAUCAAUGUGGUAAAGCCUUUGCAAGUAACAGUAGUCUUCUAGUACAUAAAAGAACACAUACUGCAGAGAAACCCUAUGAAUGUAAACAAUGUGAUAAAGCCUUUACACAACAGAGUCAUCUCAACAAUCAUAAAAGAACACAUGCUGGAGAGAAACCCAAUGAAUGUAAUCAAUAUGAGAAGGCCUUUUCACACAGAAUCAUCUGCAACUACAUAAAAGAAAACAAAUAGGAGGAAAAGCCAUAUUAAAGUAAUCGUGUUGUAAAGCCUUUAUAUGUCUUUGAAGUCUUUGCAUCAUGAGAAAAAAAAUCAUACUACAGAGAAUUCCUAUAAAUGUAGUCAAGGUUUUACAUCUCAUGAUAGCUUAUAUACAAGAUUAAAACUUUCAGUGUGCAAUCAUUCUGUUAAAGCCUGUGCCUAUAAAAUAUCUUUGAAGACCUUAAAAAAAAAAACCCAUACAGAAGAGAAUUUAGCUAUAAAGGGUUUGGUAAGAUCUUUAGCCAACACAUUUUUUGUUUCACAAGUGUAUUUAUUCUGGGAAAAAAAAUCUGGCCAUGUCGUUAAUCUGUUCAAGAAGUAUAAUGCCCAUCUUUAUUUUGUUUGUACCUGCAAAGUCAUGGAAAAAGCCCUAUGAAUUUAAAUGAUAUAAUAACCCUUUUAGAUUUCAUACAUCUCUUCAAUGACAUGAAAUAACAUUCAGGUGUAAAAGUUUAUGGAUAUUUGUGCCUUUUCUGUUGUUCUGAUAAAACAUUCUGUUUAUGUCAACUUAUGAAAAAGUUUAAUUUGACUCUUGAUUCCAGAGGGAUACCAUGAAAGUGAUAUGGCAACAGGUGUCAGACAUGGCGGCUAAAGCAUGAGGCAAAGAUCUCAUAUCCUCAACCUGUAGUAUGAAGCACAGAGUGUGAAUAGGAAAUAGUUUUUCGAUAUAAAUUAUGAAAGCUUAUCCCUAAUGACAUAUUUCCUCCAAGAGGGCAGCAUGUCCUGAAUCUUCUCAAAUGAUGUCGCCAACUGGAGAUUGAUUUUUCUGACUUCAAGCCUACAUGCUUGCAUUCUGA